CUGGGCCGGUUUGGGUGUUGUCGGGAGUCAGAGCUGCUAGACAGUUUUUUCUCUCUUCAACAGGCGUGGCUCACAGAGAUUCAUGAAUAUGCUCAGCAAGAUGUGGUCGUCAUGCUGCUGGGCAACAAGGCCGACUCCACACACGACAGGGUAGUGAAGCGAGAGGAGGGGGAGAAACUGGCCAAGGGCAGGCAGAAAAAAAAACCCAUUUACCCGGGCACACUGGACAGCAUUUAUUCCUCUGUGCAGGAGUUUGGAGUGCCCUUCAUGGAGACGAGUGCUAAAUCUGGACUGAAUGUGGAGCUGGCCUUCACCGCCGUGGCCAAAGAACUGAAGCACAGGACCAUGAAAGAGCCCGACGAGCCCAAGUUCCAGCUGCAGCAGUACGUUGACCAAGAGAUGAGGACGGCUGGCUGCUGCCGCACAUAG